AUGCCGCCGAUACCUGGCUCACCUGCGGAUAAUGAGCGGCGCGCCGCCGCACGCGAAGCCGCGCGCCCGGAAUCUCCGCUCUCCAACCCUCCGCCAUCGCGGUCGCAGCAGGCACGAGCUGCAGGGAAGGGCCGUUCACUCGACCUUGGUCUCGGCUUGACAUGGGCGCCGUCUCGGGUGCGGGAAGAGGCGGUGCUCAAAGUCGGUCCUCGGAAUCUGGGCAUGAGCGCGAGCACCACGGCUGCGCGAUCGAAGUCAAGGUGGCGGGGCGCAGAUGAGGAGGGUAGGUUGACUGUGGGGGCUGCGUCGGACGUUGCAGUGGCCUUCAAGGAGGCGCUUGGAGACUCGGCGUACGGCAUUUUCAAAACAUACGUACACCGCUUCGACGCGAACGCGAUCCCGCUGGACGGGCCGUACGGGCUGCUCGCGCAUAUUGAGCGGCUGCUCGACGGCGCCCCCGGCGUAGACCACCGGCGGAAGCGCAUACUCCUGGACAAGUUCCUGCGCGUCGUGCAGGACUCUGAGAACCGAUGA